AUGUGGUUAGUGUGACCAGCGUCACCGACGUCGUGAAACGGGCGGUGCUUUUCCCUCCGUCUCCGCCGUGGAGUAAAAAUUACUACAGUUGUCGUUUUUGAAACAAACUUCUUAUAAUUAAUAUUUUUUUGUUAUCUUGGUUGCAGUUUAUACCCUUUCACGAACUGCGUUCGCUAACAUCUGCAAGCAUUUUUAAGGAAAGCGAGGAUCUACUUCCUCUCAAAUAGGCAGGUCACUAUGAAGCUAACAGACAAUGUGCUGCGGAGCUUCAGGGUUGCUAAAGUGUUUCGAGAGAACUCAGACAAAAUAAAUUGCUUCGACUUCAGUUCGAAUGGAGAAACUAUUAUUUCCAGCAGUGAUGACGACUCGAUAGUUUUGUACGACUGCCAGGAAGGAAAACCCAAGAGGACUCUGUACAGUAAGAAGUAUGGAGUGGAUUUGAUCAGGUACACUCACGCUGCAAACACUGUCGUCUACAGUUCCAACAAAAUUGAUGAUACCAUCAGAUACUUGUCCCUUCAUGACAACAAAUACAUCCGGUAUUUUCCUGGACACACCAAAAGAGUGACUUCUCUCUCCAUGUCUCCUGUGGAUGACACAUUUAUUUCUGGCUCAUUAGACAAAACCAUCAGACUGUGGGAUCUGCGGUCACCAAACUGCCAAGGUUUGAUGCAUUUGCAAGGGAAGCCGGUUUGUUCUUUUGAUCCAGAAGGUCUCAUUUUUGCUGCCGGCAUCAAUUCAGAGAUGGUUAAACUCUAUGACCUGCGCUCAUUUGACAAGGGUCCUUUUGCAACCUUCAAGCUUCAGUACGACCGGACGUGUGAGUGGACGGGACUCAAAUUCAGCAACGACGGAAAACUCAUUCUUCUAUCCACAAACGGAGGAGCCCUUCGCAUCUUGGAUGCUUUUAAGGGCGUCGUUCUACAUUCCUUUGGGGGAUACAACAACAGUAAAGGUGUAACACUUGAAGCUUCUUUUACUCCAGAUUCUCUGUUUGUGAUGAUCGGCUCUGAGGAUGGAAAGAUUCACGUGUGGAAUGCAGAGAGCGGGAUGAAGGUGGCGUUGUUAGACGGGAAGCACACGGGGCCCAUCACAUGUCUGCAGUUUAACCCCAAAUUUAUGACCUUCGCCAGCGCCUGCUCCAACAUGGCAUUCUGGCUUCCUACCAUCGAUGACUGAACAGAAAAAAACUGCUUCUAUCAAGCAAGCCAGCAGGGGGCAGCAGUCAGCUCUUCAGAUGAGCAUUACAAGCAGCAGGAUGAAAAAAUAUUGUACAGAAGGCAACAUGUGAUUUAUUUCUUGAUUGUUUUUUAUAUUUCUAUUUAACAAUAAAUCUUUUUGUUUGUAAAA